AUGCCCUCUCCCCCUCCCACUCCCUCCACCCCCCUACCCCUCCCCACCCUCCCCAAAACCAUAACCUACCACCCAACCUUCCUCACUCCCACCGAACAAUCCACCCUCCUCUCCUCCCUCCCCCAAACCCACUGGAUCCCCCUCUCCAACCGCCGCCUCCAAGCCUGGCCCUCCCCCCUCACACCCACCACAUCCACCCUCCUCACCACCACCCGCCUCCCCCCCUUCCUCACAGACCCAAUCCUCCCCCGUCUAGCCCAACUAGGCAUCUUCAGAAACACAGCCCACGGCGCACCAAAUCACGUCCUGGUCAACGAAUACGCACCAGGCCAAGGCAUCAUGCCACAUGAAGACGGGCCGGCGUACGCGGGCGUUGUGGCGACGGUUAGUCUGGGGGGCGCGGUCGUGCUUGAGAUUUGGGGCAAGGGGGAUGGCGAAGGGAGUGCAGACGAAACCAGCAUAGUAGAAGGAGAGAGGAAACCCCUCUACCGCAUCCUCCAGGAACCUGGCUCCCUGCUCGUCACCACGGGGGAGGCAUACACGGACUACCUGCACGGCAUCGCGGCUGUCGAGGUCGACGAGGAUGUAAAUGAGGCGUCGAUUGCGAAUUGGCAUGUUUUGGGGGAUCGGGGGGCGUAUGCGGGGGGCAGGAAUGUGAGGGGUACGAGGACGAGUUUGACGUAUCGGGAUGUGCUGAGGGUGAGGGAUGGGAGGCGGAUUUUGGGGUUGAGGGGGUGA